GACGCAGCAUCACAAUAUAAGUGUUAGAAGACCGCUCUCUUUAUUAAUCUGUCUGUAAAGUCAACUGUCGUGUUCAGAGAAAUAGUGAAAUAACUAUCCAAAUAUGAAAGUGACUGAUCAGAUUUUCUGUGGGUUAGAAGGUGGGGCCUCUUUUUCGAAGCUGGUGCUGGUGAAAGGGAACGGAGAAGUCCUGUGUUGGGUGGACGGUCCCUGUACGAAUCAUUUGCUCGUUGGUAAAGAUGAAUGUCAGAACAGAAUUUCUACAAUGAUUGAAAAAGCUAAAAAAGAAGCUGGGAUCGACCCUAAAAUACCCUUAGGAGGAUUGGGUUUAAGUAUGAGUGGGUGCGAGCGGGAAGAAGAGAACCGUAAAUUUGAGGAUGAAUUUCUUAUAAGAUUUCCAAACUUGACAAGAUCUGUUUCAGUUUCGAGUGACACAGUCGGGUCUGUACUUACAGCAAGCCCAAAAGGUGGCAUGGUGCUUAUUGCAGGUACAGGUUCCAAUGCCUUGGUUAUCAACCCAGAUGGUACCACAGCACGAUGUGGAGGAUGGGGACAUCUGAUUGGAGAUGAAGCUUCAGCUUUCUGGAUAUCUCGUAAAGCCAUAAAAAUCAUCUUUGAUGCAGAAGACAAUUUCGAUGUAGCUCCUCACGAUAUAACCCGUGCAAAGGAAACUGUUCUAAAACACUUCAAGGUUCAAGAUAAAUCCGAGCUUCUGAGCCACUGCUAUGUUAACUUUUCAAAGUCUUUCUUCGCUGGUGUGUGUGUUAAAUUAGCACAAGUGGCCGAGGAAGGCGAUCCCCUGUGUCGCUUCCUGUUUUAUGAAGCCGGAAAUGCUUUAGCCAAGCACGUUAUGGCUCUUAUACCGAAAAUUCACCACAACCUAUUAGAAAGUGAAGGGGGCCUUCCGAUUGUUUGUGUUGGUUCUGUUUUCAAAAGUUGGGAGUUACUUAAAGAUGGUUUCCACGGAGCUUUGGACUCUAAACUUCACGAAUUUUCUCUUCUCCGUUUGAAAACCUCAUCAGCAAUUGGAGCUGCUUUCAUGGGAGCCAAAGCUGUUGGUGUGAAACUUCCACUGAAUUUUAGUGAAAAUUUUUAUAAACUUCAUCAUUUCAAAUGUUGAAACAUUUUAAAUUGGAUGUUGUACAUAGUGAAAAAUUGUAUGCUGUUUUUAACUUUGAUUUUCUUACAAGGAAUGAAGAGAAGUAAAUAGAAUUCUUAGAUAGAUCACAUCCAGUAUGCUUAUAAAGGUACAAAUCGGGUAAAUUGAUUAGCUGAAAAUAAUUGGUGGUAACUCCCACACCACAUAUGUUUUUAAUGAAAUCUGAAAGAUGAUUACCAUAGUAUCAACAAUUGACCAUAAUUUCACAAGAAUCCUUUUGUUGCUUAAAAUAAGCAAAUAUUUCUUUCUAAUUUCCAUAUUCAUUCCUUUAAACUUGGGCAUAACUUUGUUAUUUGUAUUAAAUAUAUAUAACCAGGAUUUAAUAAAUAUAUUCCAUUUUUUUCUUUUGUGUUGUGAUGUUGGAACAGUUUGUAUUGCCAUGUCUGACUGUAUGUAUCUUCUGAAAUUAAGAAAUCUAUAAAAAGAUAUUGUAGACAAAAUGUGGUGAGAAAAAUGAUGGAAAUGAAGUUUUACUUUUAACAGACCGUUUUAUUAAACAGUUUUCCAAAUGCAUAUAUGCAAGGUAAUUUGAUGCUUAUGUUGAUGUAUUUAUCAGACGUUUACUUGAUUAGGAGAAUAUUAGGCUAUUGGUUCCUAUUGGUGGAAUGCAAGCUAUAAGAAUAUGUAAAUAUCAAUUUUUCCAGUGGCUUGAAUGUCUGGGCAUCUGGUCUUGUGAUCUGGAUUUGUUUUAUGGAUAAUUGGAGGUUUUCCAUGGUCUUGAUCAGAUUUGUAGUAUAAUACUUAGUUUAGUUGUAAACGCAGCCAAUAACUGCUUGUAAUACACACGCUACAGUAGUUAAACUUCCUACGUAGGAAUUUCUUAAGUUUCUUAUACUAAAACAUGUAUUAUUCUACAAACAUGUUAUUUCUUUCUAUUUUAAGUUAUUUUUUCAAUGGCAUACUGUUUCUCGAAUUGGAAGAAAAAGGGUCAUAUCUGUUUUUAUGAUUGAAUGUUUCAAAAUGUAUAGAAACUUGGUGUAUUUUUAUAGAUUUUGAAUAUCUUAAAUCUGUUUUAUAACAACUUCAAGAACACCUUUAAACAUUGAAACUCUUGAAUGAAGUUUGAACAUUGUUAUUUGACUGUAAAUAAGUGUGUAAUGUAAGGUGUUGGUAUGAAUUAACUACCACAAAGAAUACAAUAAGUAUUUCUAUACCUAAAGUUGAAUGUCAAAUGUGAGUGAGGAUAAUGUAUCGGUAGAGAUCUUUAUUUUUUUGAAUAAACGUGAUAUUUGGGGUUAAUCUUGUAUAAACACUUGGUUAAAAUGUAUUAUUCUUGAGCUGAGUUUACACAGUAAAUUGAUGAUGUCACUUU